CAUGUGUAUCUAUAUAGCCAGAACUGGCAGUGAGUCAUACCACGAGAAUCGCGAGAUUAUUCUGUCAGAAUAAAAUUGAAUCGUAUUGGGUAGCUGUACAUGAAAUCUUUCGAAGUGUAUGCGCCCUAGACCCCUAGACGUGCCACAUAGACAAGUAAAGAACAAGAGAGACAAUUGAUUGGAAGCUGUUUAAAGAUUUUUUACAUAAUUAUAUAUAAAAGUUAUGUAGAUAAUAAAUACAAGUAUACAUCAUUAUUAAAUCGAAGCAACGUAAUUAUUUAAUAGAGAUGGAGGGUAAAUGCGAUGACAAUAAAAUGUCCAAGCCAAAUCCUUGGCCAUACAUGAACAUCGGUUCUUUGGCUUUAUCGUUUCUAAGUAAACUGGCCACUGCUGGUAUAAUUUGGGGAUGGGGCUAUUUCAACUUCAACAUAGCGUGGCUAAUUGCACCCAUUGCCAUGAUGGCAUGGAAAGGAGAACGUAGAAAAGAUAAUGAAUUAAGAGCAAUCACUGCCCAAGCUAGUGUAAUGGCCAAAGAGAAAGAGCUGAUAAUGAGCAGAUUGGACGAACUACCUUCUUGGGUUUAUUUUCCGGAUUUCGAUAGAGCCGAAUGGUUGAAUAAAGUUUUAUACAAAGUUUGGCCAAGUGUAAAUCAAUUUGCCCGUGAACUUUGUAAGCAGAGCAUAGAACCUGCCAUAGUAGAAAAGCUAGCAGAAUAUAAGAUGAAAGGAUUCCAGUUUGAACGAUUGGUUUUAGGUCGUAUACCAUUAAAAAUUUAUGGAAUCAAAGCGUACGAUAGGAACACUUCAAGAAACGAAGUCAUAGUAGAUGCAGAUAUCAUAUAUGCCGGCGAUUGUGAUAUUACUUUUUCCGUUGGCAACGUGAAAGGCGGUAUUAAGGAUUUUCAGAUUCGUGGACUAAUGAGAAUAGUCAUGAAGCCGCUGUUACCUGUGAUGCCAAUAGUUGGAGGGAUACAAGCGUUCUUUUUAAAUCCUCCAGCUAUUAAUUUCAAUUUGAUAGGAGUUGCAGAUGUUCUCGAUCUCCCCGGAUUCAACGAAAUUUUGAGAAAAACGAUAGUGGAACAAAUAGCAGCUUUCGUAGUGUUGCCAAAUAAGAUUGUUAUACCUCUGAGUGAAGCGGUACCAGUCGAAUCGUUGAAGAUACCCGAGCCCGAGGGUGUGUUAAGAAUUCAUGUGGUAGAAGCAAAGCACCUUAUGAAGAAAGACAUCGGAGUAUUAGGCAAGGGUAAAUCUGAUCCUUAUGCGGUCAUAAAUGUUGGAGCGCAGGAAUUCCGAACGAAAACGAUAGACAAUACAGUAAACCCAAAAUGGGAUUUCUGGUGUGAGGCUGUGGUUUACUCGUGCAUAAUGCAGAAGACUAUGGUGUUACUUUGGGAUAGGGAUGUAGUAAACAUUCCAUGUGUUCAAUAUGAUGACUUUCUCGGCAGAGCGACUAUCGAAGUUAGUAGAGUGAAAAAGAAGGGGAAUAUAGACACUUGGGUUUCACUGGAACAAGCGAAACAUGGCAUGGUACAUCUACGAUUAAUGUGGCUUCAACUUUCGAAAAAUACCGCCGAUUUGAAAGCUGCUUUAAUUGAAACGCAAGAACUUCGAGUAACGUCGAUGAGCACAGCUCUGCUCAUUUUGUACGUUGACUCUGCGAAGAAUUUACCGUGUGUUCGAGGAAAUAAGCAACCUGACGUUUAUCUGCAAGCAAGCGUAGGUGGUAACACUAAAAGAACAGCUACUGUAUUACGUUCCUGUGAUCCAGUAUGGGAACAGGGUUUCACCUUUUUAGUGAGCAAUCCAGAGACUGGAAUUUUACACAUAAAAAUCACGGACGAAAAGACUGGUUUGAUAGUCGGAGAGAUGAGUUACAAUAUCUCUUUACUUUUCAAGCAGAAUAAUCUUGAAAUCUCGCAACAGCCUUACGAUUUACAGAUGGCCGAGGCCGAUAGCAAGCUAAUAUUGUCUAUGUCAUUGAACAUUUUGAAAUACGGAGACCCGCAGCCUACCUCAGAAGAGGAUGACGACGAUCACGAUAUUAAUCAACUGAAUAAAAGAAUCGAACGACAAGAGUCUAAUAUUAGCAGCGUGUCAACCAGCGUUCCUCCGAGUCCAUUAAAGAAACAAACUUCGAAAGAGUCAAUUAACAGUAUACCACGCAGCACUGAAUCCGGGGCUGAGAUGGUUGCCGAAGAGUCAGUGCCUGUAGAAGAAGAAUUAAUCGUCUCUACUACGACUCCUCCUUCCGGAAGUCCACAGUUGACUCAUAGAAACCCGACGGUAACAUCGUCCUCUGGUGAAGCUAAACUAGGUCGGAUCCAAUUGUCUGUACGUUACAGCGCGCAAAGGCAGAAACUUAUAAUCGUCGUACACAAAAUAGCCAAUCUGCCUCUGCCGCAAAACGAUCCGCACAAUAUCCCGGAUCCUUACGUGAAGCUGUAUCUUCUUCCCGAUCGUCACAAGGAAACUAAACGCAAGACAGCAGUGAUAAAGGAUAAUUGCAGCCCAGUGUUCGACGAGCAGUUUGAAUACGUCGUUUCCCAAGCAGAUUUAAAUAGCCGCACGCUAGAAGUGUCCGUGUGCACUCAAAAAGGGUGGCUGUCGACCGGGAGCAACGUGAUGGGUCAACUUUAUCUGAAUCUUAAUGAGAUCGACGUCGCCAAGUCGUCCACCAGCUGGUACGACUUACAACCAGAGACUAAAGACUAGAAAUUCAAGAAGAGCAAGUGGAGAUUCGUGCAGUUGUUCAUAUGCGUGCGACGGCAGUCUGUCGAAUUUCCACGACGCGUUCGUGCUUCGAAUGAAACGUGAUAAACAGACCAAAUAUUUUCCGUGCAUUACAAAAUUCUGGUGACCAAAUUCGAGAAAUCUAAAAGUACGAUGAAGAUUGAAAAAGUGACAUAAUGCUAAUUUUGCAUGUUUUCAGUUUCUAUUUGAACCGUCCACUGUCAGUAAAAUUUGUCUAGCCUCGUGAUUACUUGGCUCGUUGUACUAUUUUUGUUUUACCGUCAUAUUGUUACAUAGAAUACCUUUGCGAAAGUGCCAUUAGAGUAAUCCGUUAUAGCUAGUUAUCUACUUACAUAUUUAUAAUUGUAGACAUACGAGAAUAGACCAUGGGAGAUUCGAUACCAGAUGAUUGAAAGAAAGAAAAUGAAUGGGCGAGUUUCUUUUUUUUUUUCCUAUUGAUAUGCGAAAGAGAAGCUGAAACUCCUCCGAAACAUGUUUCCCCUAUCCUUUAUGGGGUAGAGAAAAAUACAUUGGACGCUCAGUCUAUUCUCCUAUAUUUACGUUUACCAUACACAAAAAUAAAAUUUUGUACAACGCAUAAUAUUAGGUACAGUAACGAGUUACCACGAUAUGAUACCGUUUAUUAAAGUUUACAAUAUUCUACAUAUUACAUAAUAAGAGCAUACUUUAGAAAAUGCUUUAACUCAAAAGCACUGGAUGUUUCAUUCUUUAUUACGCUUAACUUUUUCUACUAAUCAAUUAACGUAUUAUACAUUUAUAAUAAUUUAACUAACGAAGUUAAGUAGAUUCUCAUCUGCACAGUAUAUACCGUUGAACAUUAGCAUAACUUAUCGAAUCAAAUUAAUAACGUAUACACGCAUAUAUAUAAUAUAUGUAUGUUAUAUUUAUACCAGAGUUUUUGCUAUAUUGUAUAUUGCGAUAUAUUAUACAAACUUAUGUUUCUGCGUUAUACUGGUCUAAUGUAAUUUUGCCAGUAUAAUACUACCUGUUGAAACUAAUAAAGUAUAAAUAUUAUAUAUGCAUUAAA